UCAUAGAACAGAGAGAGAGUGCUUUGGAAUGGCUUGCACUGACGCCUCGCCGAACUCUUUAAGGCUCUAUAAGUAGUGCUACGGCGUUAAUGCCUACUUUCAAGAUUAAAUCUCCAUCUCCAUUCCCAUUGCAACAUUCUGCAGAUGUCCUGUGCCAGUUUCCAGACCAACGAAUACUUCUCUCACAAAAUUGACGAGUGUCGUGUUAUGUUCGAGAUCGAAUCAAGGGCGUUCCGUUGCCGAACCUCCGCCCUACUGUUUCCCCCACUUUAUUGCAUAAAGGAUCACCUCCACUUUAUAUCACGGAUGGGUAUGGGCAUGACGCACAGUGGUCCCGCUGUUCAGCCAGUAUCGCAACCAGCACAGACUUUCAACAGUCACAUUUGAGAAGGACAAGGAUGCUAGGGCUGCAGUCGAUCUUCUUGGCCUGUCUACGAUACCUAUCGUUGGUCGCGAACAAUGCGGGGGUAUCCGAGCAUCAUGAUGACCCAGUGGUCCACCUUCCAUAUGGAUCGUAUCAGGGCUAUUACAACGCUUCGAACGAUAUUGAAGUUUGGCGAUCAGUGAGAUAUGCAGCUCCGCCUCUUGGUGCGAAUCGCUGGAAACCACCUCAGAGGCCUGAGAAUGAGACUGGGGCAGGGGUGAUCGAUGCGAGGGACUGGCCGAAACAGUGUCCUCAAGCCACGGCAGGAGACUACGAGCGUCAGAUCGGGUCUUACAAUCCCUUGCAGGCGAUUGACGAUGAGGAUUGCCUCUUCUUGUCGGUGUACAAACCGAGAGAUGCGGAAAAUCUACCAGUCUACGUAUGGUUCCACGGCGGAGGCUGGGCCUUCAACUCUGCCAGGGAGUUUGAUGGCCAGCCCAUGGUUGCUCUGUCCAAUAACUCCAUCAUCCACAUUACGGUCCAAUAUCGACUGGGGAUAUUUGGAUUCCUCCAGUCUUCUCAAAUGGGAGACGGCCUCAAUGCAGGGCUGAAAGAUGCCCUGGGCUCCCUACAAUGGGUUCAAGAGUACAUCCACUUGUUCGGUGGAGACCCCCAUCGCGUGACGAUAGGCGGUGAAUCCGCAGGUGCAGGAUUCGUUUAUACCAUGUUGGCCGGCGAAGCGGGUCGAGAACGAAAGUUGUUCCACGCGGCGUUUGCUUCUUCUGGUGGUGGAAAUGGUGCGGAAUGUACCUCAGGGCUACACAAGGAGAACUGGGAGACAGUCUCGAUGGCAGCGGGGUGCAGUGAUGACCUCGCUUGUUUGAGAAAUGUAUCGACGACGACGCUGAGGGUGUUGAAUGGAUUGUAUGGUGCCAGAGGCAUGUGUGUAGAAGGACCAGAUGGCUAUGUGAAGCAGCCGGUGACGCCUCAAUUGGUAGCGGGAAACGUUGCUCCGGUCCCCGUGAUGGCCGGGAACACAUUCAGAGACACGUAUGCGGGCACACCGCCAUUCCUUCAACCAUCGAGAGAUUCCUCUACGUUUGAAACCGACGCCGAUGCCCUGUUUCUCGGUCAUAUCAUCCAGCGGUAUCCAAUCGAUCCGAAAGAUGAUCAGACAUUGAAGACGCUGUUAGAGCUGUACAAGCUGGAAGAUUUCGAAAAAGACAAUGUGUGGAGAAUCUCGCAGUGUAUGCAGGAUAACUGGGUGGCAUGCUCGGCGACGUAUGCGGCCGACGCUGCAGCGGCGAACAACGUCGGUGGAUAUAAAUUCCUAUACGCAGUCCCUCCUGGUGUACACGCGCAAGACAACGCCCAAGAGUACCCGUAUUUCUACUACAGGAAGGAAGGAUCGCCCGACUCUGCAUCCCUCUUCGCUUCAUUCACUGGAUCCCUCAUCAGCCUGAUCAAGACUGGCGAUCCGACGAGUCUGGCAGAUAUCCGUCCCAGCGAUGAUCCCGCGUGGCCUGCCUGGGCGGAUCGACACCAGUUCAAAGUGUUCAACGUGACGAGUGCCAAUAUCAGUGAUGCUUAUAUCGCUGGACCGGGACAUCGAUGGGAGCAUAGGGUGGGGACGAAAGAGAGGUGUGAGUUCUGGGCAAAGUUACGCUCCCGGGACCAGUGGUGAGGAGGGACUGUGCGUCUUGUACAUGUCGACUCUGCAUACAUGUACUGUACAAUCAUCAAGAGCAAGCACUAUAUGCGCAAAG